CUUCCAUUUGUCACGUCCUACCCUGCGACGAUGGCCCUACGAAUUCUCCUGGGUUGCUUCGAAAGCGGUAUCUAACCAGGCAUCAUGUACUUGUAUGCGGAGUGUUACCGACGACACAAGCUGGUCAGUCGGUGGGGAAUCAAGGCGUCCAUGGCAUCGAUGGCAGGUUGCUUCGGUGGUUUACUAGCAAGCGAACUGUCUCAAAUUCCCGAAGCAGGCAUCCUCAGUAGCCGGAGGUGGAUCUUUUUCAUUCAAGGCCUGAUUACGGUUUUCUUUGCAGCUCUUGUGUUUUUGUAUCUUUCACGCUCUGUCAGUGAGGCAAGACUCCUACCAGAGUCCGAUAGGCGUUACGCGCUGGAAAGAAUAACUUCGGAAACUAUGACGAAGGGAGACCCGCAAGAUCUUUUAACAUUUAAGAGAGCCGUUUUCAACCUGACCACAUAACUGCUGGCAUUUGCGACGACUUGUUCACUGAUGACAAUGUCUGCUCUUUCUUUCUUUAUGCUGACCCUCCUUCGAUCCAUGGGCUUUUCGGGUACCAACUUACAACUCUUGACUGUUCCACCAUAUACAGUGUCGGCUCUUUGCUGCCUGGGUGUUUCGUUCCUGUCAGAUCGUAUUAGGUCCCGUGGUUUGAUGUUCAGCUUCCUGACACCGUUUGUUGCUAUCGUAUUUGCAAUUCUGGGUGCUAUGAAGAACACAGAGGUCCGCUAUCCUGCAGUUUUCCUCGCAACAUCCGGCGCUUUCACAGCGAGUCCGAUUCUGUUAGCGUGGUUCGCCGACAAUGCUUCAGGACCGGCCGUUCGAUCGGUCUGCCGCUUAUGUGGUCGGUCGGCACAGGUAAUGUCGGUGCCCUGAUUGCAACUUGGACAUAUUUGGAGUAGGGUGCUCCUUUGUACGUACGUGGACACUUUGUCAACCUAGGGGGAGGUAUUCUUAUGGGUGUUCUGGUUGCAAUUGCUACGAUUGGAUUGUGGCGAGAAAAUGUGAAGCGAGCCAAAGGGAGACGAGACUAUCGACUGCAACUAGCCCCUGAGCAAAUCGACCGGCUGGGGCACCUGCAUCCAGCGUAUAAAUACACAACCUAG